CGGAUUCUUAUUCCACUAUCGUUGCUUUCGCGGAAAUGUCUCACGAAUUUCUCCACGUUUUCAUCCCUGAUUGUGAAUUUUGAAUUUUAGCUUAGAUUUUCUCUCACUAACGUUCGAAUCAAGAACUUGUGGCAAGCAGACGUCAAUUAUUUAUCUUCUUGAUCCACACCUGAGUACUCGGCAAGAAGAAUAAUGACGCUCAUGACGAAUUACUGGGGCCUGGACGGCAUAAUACUGCUGACAGCUUUCAUGGUGGCCGCUUACCUUUUCAUGACGCGUAACUUCAAGUACUGGAAGAAACGCGGUGUUGAGCAAGUGCCCCCGGUGCCGUUCAUAGGCAACUUCACGGAAUGCAUGCUUCUGCAGAAGAACCCGGGAUAUUUCAUGAAGGAUCUGUACAAUUACGCCAAAGGGUUGCCUUACAUAGGUUUUUACGUUUUCGACAAACCGAGUCUGCUGGUGUGCGACCGUGAGCUCGUGAAGAACAUUUUGGUGAAAGAUUUCAAUAAUUUCUCCGACCGGCACGGCUCGCCCAACACGAAUGACCGGCUGGGUUACGCCAAUCUGUUCUUCAUAAAAAAUCCCGCCUGGAAAAUCCUUAGGACGAAAUUGACACCGAUCUUCACGUCCGGCAAGCUGAAGAAAAUGUUCGAACUGAUGCUGGAGUGCGGUAACAAUCUAGACACGUACAUCAACUCACUGGGAUUAAAGGGUAACUCGAAAACGAUAGAAGUGAAAGAACUAGCAGCCAAGUUCACCACGGACAUAAUUGGAAGCACCGCUUAUGGGCUCAACGUGAACUCGCUGAACAAUCCGAACGCCGAAUUCCGAAAGUACGGCAAGAAGAUAUUCGAAUAUAACUUCUUCCGCGGCUUCGAGAUAAUGGCGGUGUUCUUCUUGCCAAACCUGGUUCGUUUGACCGGCAUCAAAAUGUUCGGCAAAGAAAGCAGCAAUUUUCUACGCAAGGCCUUUUGGGAGACGAUGCUUCAACGUAUGAAGUCCGGCAAAAAGAGAAACGAUCUCAUUGACAUUCUUAUCGAGAUAAAGGAAACGCAUAGCGACCAAAAUAUCGAGGGAUUCGAAUUCGACGGAGACGACUUAGUGGCGCAAGCGGCCGUCUUCUUCGCGGCCGGUUUCGAGACCUCCUCAACGAUAACGGCUUUUACGUUGUACGAGCUCGCGGUGCAUCCUGAAAUUCAGACCAAGUUGCGAAGGGAGAUCGUCGACGCGCUCGACGCAUCCGACGGAAACAUCACGUACGACAUGACUCUAUCGUUACCGUAUCUCGACAUGGUGGUCGCCGAAACGCUGAGGAAAUACCCGACGCUGCCGUUCUUGGACCGCACGACAGUGGAGACCUACAAAGUGCCAAACUCCGACCUCGUCCUCGAGAAGGGCACGCCGAUCUACAUCUCAAUGCUCGGCAUGCAUUACGACCCGGAAUACUUCCCCGAUCCCGAGAAAUUCGAUCCGGAACGAUUCAACGAGGAGAACAAGCGCAACAUACUGCCGUACACCUACUUCCCGUUCGGAGAGGGCCCGCGCUCAUGUAUAGGUACUCGCUUCGGGUUUCUUACGACGAAGUUGGCGCUCAUCAAGAUCUUCAACAAGUGCGAGGUGACACCGUGCGAGAAAACCAUGAUACCGAUGGUACUCGAUCCGAAGGCCUCCUUCGCGUCGCCAUUGGGCGGCGAAAUAUAUCUCAAUAUCCGGGAAGUUAAUGCCAACUGAAACUCGUUUCUCAAUGUGUUUCCAGCUAAGCAAGGAUUUAUCUCACGUAUCUCGCCAUGUGAGCCUUGAUUCUUGCAAACGGCGCUUGAUUGUCAGCGGGCUAACUUUCACGUUCUAUCUCGCCAAGAAUUUUUGAACUUAUCGCAAAAUUAAUUAAUUGUGAAUUCGUUUGGAACAGCCCUGUGAUGCACUCACCAUCGCACGAUGUCGUGGCUCGUGUUUUCCCGCUCUCUGGAAGAUCGACAUUCGUUUUAAACUGCGUCAUCCACUUCCGGACGAAUGCCUAUGAUUGUCCAAUAUAGUUAGCAGCCUCUUUAUGUAUGUUCUUGUGGAACAAAACGUAUAGCCUGGUACUUAAGCGUACGAUAUGUAUCGUGAAUUUGUAAGGACGAAUCGACAAAUAUAUUUAAAGUUUGACCGCCA